AUGAAGAAGUAUGCCGCGUGGAAGGCUCAGAAGGGGCUCAACUCUGAAAAGUGCCGUUCGGAAUAUGUGACGAUUGCUGAAGAGAUGAUCAAGAAAUACGGGCGGAACAUUGUUCGCUGCAAGUGGAACAGCGAAGUUUGGUCCGUCGAUUAUUAG